CUCAAGCCAUUCGCAUGUCUGCGUGACUGCACAUUGCUUUGAAUUUUUGAAUGUGUUCGUUUAUGCCUUUUACUUGUUGUUUCUCGAGUGUUGUUUAUUGUUUUAAUCAAAAUUAGUUUGCUACGUUUGUCCGUUUACAUAAGAAAUCCCACAGUUUCCAGCCGCAGCGCUCAGAGCCACAAAGUUUAGUUGACCACUUUUCCGAUCCGGAGACAGGUGAAUUUUCCGUGCCGUGCCCAGAGCCCCCAAAAUAAAAUGGAGCAGUGGAACAAUGUGGAGCUGACGAACAUGUCCAAAAAGUCGUAUACCCUGAAUCAUGCGUACGAUGCAGCCGAGAAAUUAAACAAGGAAAACACGCCUAAUUCCUCUAAUGGCAAUGGUGCCAGUGCCGCUGACUCGGCGGCUGCGGAUGACGAUCUCCUCAAGCCCGGAUCGGACGUGCGCCCAAAAGUGGAGCCCGAAGAUGUGGAGAGCCUACUGCGACGUCUCUACGGGAUCACGAUAAGCGAGGUUAAGGAAAUUAUCGCCUACGACGAUCGCAACUUCUUUCUCAAGGAGGAUAGUAAUGUAAAGAACCCACUUAUUGUGACCCACUGUCCACACGGAUACGUCCUAAAAAUCCUUAACUCACUGGACUCCAAGAAGGAGGACUUCGUGGAUGCCCAAAAUCAGUUGCUGCUUUACUUAGCGAAACACAGUGUGAAGUGCCCCCGGCCGGUAGCCAAUGCCACUGGAAAAUUUUACUCUGUGGAGCGGCUGAAUGGGAACUCGAAUGUGGUGCGGCUCUUGGAAUUUAUACCGGGAGAAAUCUUCCACCAGGUGCCGGCGACAAAGCACCUGCUCUACCGCAGCGGGGAAUACUUAGCCAGGUUAAACCGAGCGCUUAAGAAUUUUACCCACCAGGCGUAUGAAACCCACAAGACCUUGUGGAUGCUGCAGAGUGUUCCGGAGCUGAGGCAAUUCCUGUAUGUGGUGAAGGAUCAGGAACUGCGUCUUAUCUGCGACGAGGUGAUCGAUGCUUUCGAAGCCAAGAUUCUAAGCCAAUUGCCCACCAUGGAGCACCAGAUCAUCCAUGGGGACUUCAACGAACAGAAUAUAGUGGUGGAGCAGGCCCCCAAUCAAACCGAAUACACCAUUAAGGGAGUUAUUGAUUUCGGUGAUACGAGCAAAUCGCCACUGAUCUUCGAGAUUGGAAUUGCCCUCACUUAUAUGAUCCUGCAGGCCAACGAUUUGGCCAAUGGAGGCAUAUUUCUGUCCGGUUAUACCAGUCUGAACCCCAUUGAGAACUCAGAGGUGGCUCUUCUUAAAUAUUGUGUGGCUGCCCGAUUGGUUCAGAGCCUGGUAAUGGGUCUCUACACCCACACGCUGCAUCCCACAAAUGAGUACCUGCUGGUGACCCAGGAAAAGGGUUGGAAACUCCUCCAGAAGCUGUGGCGCGAGAGCUUUGGGGAUGUGGAUGAGCUGUGGGCGACCACUGGACAUCAGUACUUGACCCAAAGCAAUAAAUAAUAUACAAUCCCGAUGGGCUUGUUCUGUUUUUAAAGGUAUUUUAACAGAUUUUUAAUUAAGCUGUUCUGUGUAUUGAAGAUUUUGCAUGUUAUGUUUUCCAUUAAGUGAUGAGAGUCAGAUGAAAUUGUCACAGUCAAUAAGGCAUUAUGUAAGAUGUCAAAUACGUGUGCAAUUGCACAGCCCCUUAAGAAUAUGAUAUUGAGAGGAUCGAAAGCGAAAAGACAUCUGAAACCAGAACCAAGCGAUACCAGAUGCUUGGAAUAUCGAAAGAGGGCUGUUAAAAAAACCCAUCGUCAAUUAUUAGAAUUCCAUUAACAUAUCACCUGUGCAAAAUAAGUUGCAAGUCCAAGUAUUGAUUGCAUUUCGUUGCUUUACAAUUUACUUUAUCCUGUAUAUUAUUAUCAUUAUCUUUACAAUAAAACUUGUUAAACAAAUACAAA